GGACGGCGGUGGGAAUCUUUUACUCCCAGAUACCUCCCAGAAAUCUACAAUCUAGAAUCUACAUCCUAGAAUCUAGAGUCGAGAAUCUAGAAUCUAGGCAUUGUACCUUUCUUCCCAGGGACCAGUCUUUCAUUCUCCCAGGUCACUACAGUCUCGCCGUCCUCCCACUGUAACCAAUAUCUCUUGUCUUCGUCUUCACUACAUUAUCGUCGGUGGAUAUCAGCACAGCUGCAACUCGCCUCGCCACCGCCGCGCGCGCUAGCGCUCUCCCGGCUUCUCCCGACCAUGGCUGCCACGUCGUGCGCGGGGGUCGUGCCGUCCGCCUCGCGAGUCGCCGCCGUCGUCGGCGGGGGGGAUCGCGGUCUCGCGAGCAGCCGCGUCGCGCCUCGCCCUCGCGUCCUCGCGACCCGCCGAUUCUCCAGAUCCGCUAGCGCACUGCGGAGUGACUUGUGGGGAGGCGACAAGCAGCAGCUACCCACCCCCGUCGCCGCCUCUCCCCGCCGCCACGGCGCCUCCUCCGCCUCCCCACGCGCGUCCGCAAACUCUCCGCCCACGGUCGCCGCCACUUCCGUUUCUGCCGACACCAUCCCGCUGCUGACGCCGUACCAGAUGGGCCCCUUCUCCCUGACCAACCGCGUUGUCCUCGCGCCCAUGACGCGCUGCCGCGCGCUGGGGUUCGUUCCGCAGCCCGCCGCCGCGGAGUACUACGCGCAGCGCGCGGUGCCGGGGCAGCUGCUGAUCGCGGAAGGGACCGUUGUGGCGCAGGAAGGAAUCGGGUACCCGAACGUGCCGGGAAUAUACACGCGCGAGCAGGUGGAGGCGUGGAAGCCCAUAGUGAAGGCCGUCAAGGCCAAGGGCGGCGUCUUCUUCUGCCAGCUCUGGCACGCCGGCAGGGCCUCGCACCCGGACUUCCAGCCGGGUGGCGCCCUGCCCGUAGCCCCGUCAGCCAUUCCGAUCUCCUCCGGCGACAAGGUGUACACGCAGACGGGCGCGCACGACUACCCCACGCCGCGCGCCAUGACUGAGGCGGACAUCCGCGCCGCCGUGCAGCAGUUCCGCAUGGCGGCGCGCCACGCCAUGGAGGCGGGGUUCGACGGCGUGGAGAUCCACGGGGCGAAUGGGUACCUCAUAGAAGAGUUCAUCAAGGACGGCACCAACAAGCGCACGGACCGGUACGGCGGGUCCAUCCCCAACCGCGUGCGUUUCCUGGUGGAGGUCGCGUCCGCCGUGGUCGAGGAGAUCGGCCCGUUGCGCACGGGCGUGCGCCUGGCGCCCUUCUCGACCUUCCUGUCGUCCGCAGACUCCACCCCCGUGCCCACCUACGUGCACGCCACGCAGUGCAUGAACGACCUGGGGCUGCUCUACGUGCACAUGCUGGAAGCACGGAUCGACCGCGAGGGCGAGGCGGUUACGGGCAGGGAGUCCUUAGAGCCCUUCCGCCGGGUCUUCAGCAACACCUUUAUCGCAGCGGGUGGAUACACGCGCGAGUCUGGAAAUGCUGCCAUUGCAAGUGGGGCAGCUGACCUGGUGGCUUAUGGUCGUCGUUUCCUGGCCAAUCCCGACCUGCCACGUCGGUUCGCGCUGGAUGCUCCACUAAAUCCUUAUGACAGGGACACCUUCUACACCUUUGACCAAGUCAAGGGUUACACAGAUUAUCCGUCCUUGGAGGAUGAGGCCUCCAAAUGAGCAGUGCUUUUGAAUAUCUUUGACCCUGGAAUUACUUGUACCUCGACACACCUGUUUUAUACAAACUGAGCAAAGGUUGAUAGUAUACACUGUUUGGCGUGUAUCUGUAUGAACCAGGGCCUACUUUUGGAUUUUUAC